AUGAAGCCUGGAUGUGCUAACCGGGUUUGCGCUCUUUUUAUCACAGAGGCUUGCAUCGACCGCGCUGCCGUUAUUGAAUGCCGAGCUGAAUGCGGUCCAGAGUCAAUGAAGGAAAAGAAGGAGAAGAAGAACGAACUGGAAAAGGAGGAGAGCAAGCCAGGCUUCAUGGGUGAGAAGGCUACCACUGCAUCGGCUGAGAGCAUGUACCCCACGGUUGCGACAACUGAGAAGAAGUAUGUUGAAAGCAGCGACACGGCCUCCUUCCUCAGCGCAUGCGACGAACACAAGCGAGCGGCACAUGAGAAGUAUCGAGCCGUCGCGGGGGUGUUGAGUUGCAUCUGUCGUAUCUUGAUGACGCGUAAUCUCGAGCCUUGCUGUGGACAACAGCAGAAGCAGAAAAGGGAAGCUCGGCGACAACCGGCCAGUACGCAUUCGCAUGAGGAGGGACACGGACAUGGACAUGAGCACGGUCACGGUCACGGUCACGGUCAUGCAACAGCCCAUCGCGGACACGGUGCGAAGCAUUCGCAUUCACACGCAAAGGCGACGGGCCAUUCUCACCACAGCCGUGCUCACAAUCUGAAAGAUCGAAAGGCGGCAAGAGACAAGGCCAAUGCCAUCAAACAUGCCCAAGCAACGUCCGUUGGGAGACAAGAAAUCCAGAGUUCAGAUCCAGAGAAAGGAGCAGCCGAAACCGAACAUAUAAUCAUGAGCGUCAGUGGGAUGACUUGCUCAGGAUGCGAACUGAAACUAACCAGGACGCUUGCGAACUUUGAACAAGUCCAAAAUCUCCAGGUCAGCGUAAUUCUUGCCAGGGCUGCCUUUGAUCUCGAUACCAGUCGCAUGUCUUUCGAUGAGCUCCUGACCUAUCUUCGACGAGCCACCGAGUUCUCGUACGAGCGGAUAUCCACGAAAGGUCAUGAGAUCCAUGUCCUUUGUCCACAAGGUUCGAAACCUUUUGUCAAAAACCGCCAGCCACUAGGCGUGAUGGGUAUCAAAAUUGUGUCCGAUAAGAUCGUCCGCAUUGAGUACGAUCCGAAAAUCAUCGGGGCCAGAGAUGUGCUCAAUUCCUUCGGUGCGCCGUUGCAGCUGGCUCCCAUGAAAAGUCCUGAGUCGAUUGAAGCGGGGAUGAAAGAAGUUCGUAAAGAUGGGAUGAUCACCCUCUUCUCUUUACUUCUGACCAUUCCUAUACUUGUAUUCGCUUGGGCGCCAUUGCCGGAGCAUCCUGUUGCCUACGGAUCUGCGUCUUUGGCCCUGGCGACAAUCAUUCAAAUUUUUGUGGCUGGACCGUUCUACUCUGUGGCUUUCAAGAAUAUUAUCUUCUCGAGAUUGGUUGAGGUCGAUAUGUUGAUCGUACUGAGCACGAGCGCGGCAUAUAUUUUCUCACUCGUUGCAUUCGCGUAUGAAAUGCAGGGCCGACCUUUGGAGACGGGCGAAUUUUUCGAGACAAGCGCAUUAAUAGUGACAUUGAUCAUGCUCGGACGCUUCAUCAGCUCGUGGGCUCGUCAGCGCGCGGCAGAAUCAAUCUCAGUCAGAACACUGCAAUCAUCUACCGCCAUACUCAUCGAUCAAGCGACCGGCGCAGAGACAGACAUCGAUGCUCGACUCUUGCAAUUUGGAGAUAUCUUCAAGGUCAGUCCUGAUUCACGAAUCGUAACGGACGGUACAGUGAUCUCCGGUGCCUCUGAAGCGGAUGAGUCUAUGGUGACUGGCGAGUCUCGUCCAGUGCCGAAAAAGACACGAUCGACUGUAAUUGCGGGAUCCAUCAAUGGGCCAGGCCUCCUGCAAGUCCGUAUUAGUCGUCUUCCCGGCGACAACACCAUCAGCGCGAUCGCUGACAUGGUGGACGAAGCCAAGAUGACAAAGGCCAAGGCUCAGGAGAUCGCAGAUCGGAUUGCAGGAUAUUUCGUCCCAGUGGUAUGCGCCAUCACCGUCCUCGUGUUUGUUGGCUGGAUUGGGUUUGGUAUCGAUCAAAGGAACUAUUUGGGUUCCCGAGCAGCUGAAAACGCGGUGACUUAUGCCAUCGCUGUGCUUAUCGUGUCUUGUCCAUGUGCCAUCGGUCUCUGUGUCCCUAUGGUCAUUGUGAUCGCCGGAGGCGUUGCUGCAAAACAUGGAGUCAUCUUCAAGACGGGGCAGACGAUUGAGCUUGCGAAGAAAACGAGACACGUCGUUUUCGACAAGACGGGUACGCUCACUCAAGGGAACUUGACGGUUGUUGCUGAAGCAUUUCCUGCGGGAGACGCGGCUUCUAUCAAACCACUCGUGCUGGGCUUGGUGGCGAGUGUCAAGCACCCUGUGUCGAUUGCGGUCUCCAAGUACCUAGGAGACAAGGCGAUGAAACCCAUCGAGCUUGGAGAUGUUACCACCCUCGUCGGCAAAGGGGUCGAAGGCAUCUUCAAUGGCAGCAAGGUCCGCGCAGGAAACUCCCGAUGGCUCCAUGUCGAAGAUGAUCGAAAUGUGCAGGCCUUCCUCGCUCGAGGCUUGAGUGUGUUCUGCGUGAUGAAGGAUAAUCAAUUGCACGCCGUCUUCGGCUUAGAAGACUCCAUCCGACCUGACAGCGAGGAAGUUGUGUCUGAACUCCGCAAUCGUGGCGUCGCGAUCUCAAUCGUCAGUGGAGAUGAUGACGGAGCUGUGCAAGCUCUUGCCGCCAAACUCAGCAUUCCCACAUCCCACGUCAAGUCACGCUGCUCUCCAAAGGACAAAGUGGCAUACCUCAAGGAAAUCAUGAACGACCCGGCGUCCGUGGUCGUAUUCUGCGGCGACGGAACCAAUGACGCCCCUGCACUCGCUCAGGCUACUAUUGGGGUCCAUAUCAACACCGAGGGCAGUGAUGUCGCGCAGAGUGCCGCUGAUGCCGUACUUGUAAGGCCCGCUUUGAAAGGCCUUUUGUGUUUGAUUGACCUCUCACAUGCGUCGGUCAGGAGAAUCGUGUUCAAUUUCGCCUGGUCGUUCACAUAUAACCUGUUCGCGGUGCUGCUUGCUUCUGGCCUGUUUGUGAAAUUCAGGAUUCCACCAGAGUAUGCUGGUUUGGGCGAGGUCGUUAGCAUUAUCCCUGUCAUUGCGAUUGCCAUGCUACUCAAGUAUGCCAAGCUCAAAGGCUGUGAUGGAAAUCAUUAA